UGAUGGAAGAAUUACCCGCAGAAGAAGGCGAUGAUGUGAUGAUAAGAGAAGAAUUACCGACGAAGAGUAGAGAAGAAAUGGUAAUAGAAGAAGAAGUUAACACAAUGAUAAUGAAUGAAGAAUUGACCAAAGAUCAAAUACAACAAGGAAAAGACGUACUGAUAAAAGAACGUGAUGCAUUCGCACAGAGUGUAUAA